AUGGAGGACCUAGAUGAUGAGGCCUACAACGGCCUCAUUGAGGCGGAAAUCGGGCGGCUUCGUGAGAUGAUAAACGACGAGGCAGUCUGCAAACUCGCUUCUAGCUUGAACAACGGUGAACCUUGCACUUUGGACUAUCCUUCAAAGACUGUUGGGCUAGGCUCUCUGACGGGAUGUGCCAACUACCACGCCCGUAUUCGCUUUACUGACGGAUCGUCGUGGCUCAUGCGUGUCCCUCGAGUUUCAGGCUUUGCCGUCGGAUUGCCAGAAUCUCUCGCAGCCUAUCUGAUCCGCAGCGAGUACGCAACCCUCAAGUUCCUGGAGAAUACGGCAGUACCCGCCCCGCGAGCCUUCUCGUUCGGCAUCCCGUCUCAAGGUACCGACCAUGGAAUUGGCAUUAGUUUCCUUCUCAUGCAGGAGCUUCCGGGCAAGCCGUGGAAUGGUCACGGAGAUGCUGCCAAGAUCUGGAAGGGUCUCGCCGACAUCUUUGCGGAGUUGGAGAGGCAUCCGUUUCCUAAAGCCGGGUCUCUAUAUGUCGAGUCUCCGGACGACAUACCAUCCGUCUCUGCUACGGCCAGUGAUAGAUUCGUCUGCCUUGACCCCUAUGGACCAUUUGAGACGUCAGUGGCAUACUAUACGGCGUGGGCAGAGCAGUACCUGGCGCUGAUUGUGGAUGGCCAACUUUAUCCCCAGUUUCCCAUCGAAGCUUACUUGGUAUAUCGGUUCCUCCAGGACAAUGCCACCCAGUUAUCCUCUGAGUCGGACGAGUUUUUCUUGAAGCAUCCGGACGAUAAAGGUGAUCACAUAAUGGUUGACGAGAACGGUAACAUCACCGGCAUCAUUGACUGGCAGAUGGCGCGUGUUGUCCCGCGACAAGAGGCCUUCUCGCUAUCUCUCGUAUCCGCCGACAUGAGAGCUCUUUGCCAGGGUAAUGUCUCGCUUAGUACAAAAGACGCUGCAUUGAGACAAGCCAUGAGCGAGAAGAAGUCAGGGUUGGCAAGCCACAUGGGAGAUGAGAAGGCGAGAAGAUUCUUCUGGGGCUUGGGGCUCGAGUCCGAGUGGGAAUAUGCGUUACCGUUGGCGAAUGCUAUCCUUGGGGUAUUUGGGGUCGAACAGGGCUGGGAUGAGUGGAAAGAGUUGGCAUUGAAACAGUACGAGGGCGAUGAACGCUUAAAGGCUCUUGUAGAAGGGUCUUUACUGAAAUAA